AUGCGAAUAAUACUGUUAGUAGCCAUUAUUGCACUUAGUUAUGCUAAAGUAUUAGAUGCAGAGACAUUAGUAAAACUUCAAAAAUUAUCACUUGGAUGUCAUUUAAAUGGAGUAGUAUAUUAUACAACAAGUCAAUGGUUUGAAGAAGAAAAUAAAACAAAACAUUCAUUAAAGAAAUUAACAUUAACUGAAACUGAACCAGUUGAUUUAAUUCCAUAUAGUGAAGAAUCAUUUUCUAAUUUUGUUUGUCUUAAUGAAGGUGUUUAUUUGCUUCAUAAUGGACAGAUUGGAAAAAUAGAGAAUGACAAGAUUGUAGACAUUACUUCUACACCUAUUUCUAUUGAUACAUUUAAAAUGAUUUCUCAAAUAAAUUUAUUGAAUUAG